CUCUUCCCCCAGCGAAUGUAGAACACCAAAUGCCUGCUGACGAGCCGUCUGCCCCCUCUGCUCAAGAUGCAGAGCAGGGUCAGACAGAUCCACAGAAGGAGAUGGACACUGUUAGCAGGGGGGAGAGGGAGGAGGAGCAGCCCGGGCCAUCAAGAGUUCCUCCCCCCAGACAGGGCUACUGCAGCUGCUGCCAGAUACUCUACAACAACGUGGAGCAGCACAUCCUAAGCCCCAGACACAGGGAGGUGGUUCAUAGCACUCGCACCUACGUCCCCUCUGGAAGCCUGAUGGAGAGAUUCUUAUCUGACGUAAUCCAGCAUCACCCGCACCGCUACAACGACCCUCGCCCCACCCAUGCUGACCUGCCAUCUCUGAGCAGCCCGCUGGUUCCCAGGGAGGAGUUAUUGGAUCUCUGCGCCAGCAACGAUGACUGGGCGUCGUUCGGAACCCGAGAGCACAUGCCCAGCUCUGACGACUCUUCCUGUCAGCUUGUUUACGUACAGGAAGUGGAUCUUGCCUCGGAAACAAGGACCAGCCAACCAGAAGAAGGUAGAGGGGGAAAUGUGGGGUCAGAGAGGUUAACCCCAACUGCUCCAGACCAGGAUAUAAGACCAAGUUCUGAGGAAGGGACUCACUCACACACACCUUUCCCGGACCACUUACCAACACACCCCACGAGACACACCCCUCCUCCGCUCCACCGGAAAGCACACAGGAAGACCAACCGGCGGAGAGAGAGAGGGAGCAACUCCUCUUCCUCCAUGCAUCCUCCCUGCUACCCCGCUUCUCCACAGUUGUGUGCUACCCCAACGGACCAGAUAACCCAGGAAACACCAGAGAACCAGCCUCCCUACAGGCCGAGGGACCGGACCCCAGACCCCAAGCCCCGGACGGUAAACACUGGCUGGGCCGCGUGGGCGGGGGUGCCCCCAUGGAGGCGGAGGGAGACCCAGAAGGAGCAGGCGUUCUCCAGUGACCACUCCGACCCUGAGGGGGACACGAUAGAGGAGGUGAUCCAGAGACACUGCUACGGCCGCAGUCCCACACAACACCACCAGAGGGACCACAACAUAUGGACAGGUGGGGAGAGAGGAGAGGCAAGGGGGGAUACGGACAGCUUCCACCUUAGCCUCCCUGGCUCACUGGGAGUGGGUUCGGGAUCGGAUGAGGACUGGGAUACCCCUGUGCAGGUGGCUAUUGGGAGGGGGAAGGAGCGGAGGAAGGACAUCCCUGUGGUCGUGGGCUUAAGGCAGUGUGGAGGGGAGCAGGAGGGCAGGGCCCUGGCCUGUCUCAUGGAGGUACAGGUGAAUAUGGAAGACCAGAUGUACACCAGCCAGCUGGAUUCUGCCCUCAACCCUGAGACUAGGACAGCGGGGGAGGCAAGGAUGGGGGAGACAGAGGGAGAAAUGGAACGAACAGUGGAGGAGAUUCUCCCUGCACUCCCCCACAUCCCUGUGUCCUUCCUGGGGAAGACGUGGACCCAGGUGCUACUGGAGGACGAGCAGAAGGUGGAGAACAUGGUCCGAGAGUUCCGACAAGGAAGGUUCAUCUGCUACUUCAAAAGCGAAUCCCUCGCCAGGCAUGGGAAGCGGAGCAGCAGAGAUAUGGAGCGUGGCCAGAAGGAGGGGUUGGAAGACGGGGGUGGGUUCCCCUUGGUGACCAUGACAAUGAAGAUGACGACCCAGAAUGCCACAGGAGGAGGAGGGAGGUGUCAGGUGGUCAAAGUGAGUCACGGGACACAGACUACAGCAGCCAUCAUCCCCACCAUCCGACAGAGAACGCUGGACCAGACGGGCACAUCCCCGGACAUCCUAACGCUGCCCUGUCAGGACCCCGGCGUUGACCAGGAGAAGACCCCAAUGAUGAAGACAAGGCUGUGCUCUCUCCGCCUGCCUGUCUCCUACUCCCGCAUCAUGACCCCCCUGCAGCCCAAAACCACCCUGAUCUAUGUCCUCUCCUCCCCCGAAACUCCUCCCUUUGACCCCAAGCCCCGCCUCAGACCUAUCGCCAGGGGCAACCGUGGCAGGAAACGGUCAUGUGACGGGUGUGAAGGCGACGUGGGGGCCAAGGUCAAAUACAAAAGGGUUCCUCUGAGGUACUAUGACCCUGCCACACACCGCAUUCUGAAGACCCCCCCCAAGGGCUUGAAUCUCACCCCCUCCUCUGGCCUCCCCAGACCCCCCCAGUCCCACGUGGUCAGACAACUGUUCAGGAGCCUGAGUCCAGACAUCAAUACAGAGAGACAGGGGGGAGAGGGAGGGAGAGACGGGUCGGGGGGUAGGAGGAGGGGUCGUAGCGGGGACAGUGUGGCGUCGGGGUCACUCUUAGAGGCAGGGGGGUCAUUUGGAGCUGAAGGUCAGGGUUCAUCGGAGGCAGGGUCAUCUGUGACUACGCCCUUCAGCCGCUCCUCUCUGUCCAAUAGCAGCCGAUUUCUACUGAGCACGCUCUCUCCCGACACAAACUCUAACCCAGAAGUGACCCGGCGGCGGAGAGGAGGAGAACGGAAGUUAAAGAUGGACCGACCUCUAACCCCUGAGAAAGACCACUCUCCUCCGUACAGGCCUUGGACAAGAGGGGGUAGGGGAGAACGGCAACCAGCAAGACGCAGCUCCAAAAGGGGGCGACCACCUCAAAUCAGCCCUCCACCUAAACCCCCACCACCCCAGGACCUCUCUCCCACAGUCCGGUCCAGGAAAGGGUCCUCGAGACGGGUCGCAGAGAGUAAGAAACUCCCAAGGCCCAAAAGCCCAGCCAGGGGGGUCACUUCGACCCCUCUGAAACAGGCCAUCAGAACACCAAGCCGCCGGUCGUCCCCCCGACACACCCCUGCUCCACUGCCCACCCGAACACUGAGGAGGAGCGUGAGGAGAUGACGGGAUGCAUCUCAACCAUCUACAGGGGCUUCCUUUCCUUGUCUCCUUUCCUCCAGAUGCACUGACAUGAAGUAAAAUGUGCGUGUUAAGCAGGGUGAAUGUUCAUAAUGUAGCAGAUACAAAUGUUCACAUGAUAAGAGCUUUGUCUGCUCUACUUCAUUACAAUUCUACCUGAAACGUUGACUGUUUCCACAUUGCUUUCUCCUGUCCUGCUCUCAGUGCAGAUGAAGGAGAGGAGACGAGGAGCAUCUAUUGAGAUGUACCCUGGCUCUCUGAAGAGACGGGGUGAGAGAGAAUGUAGAGAAGUGGAGGAGAGAUUGGCUCUCCCUCUGCUUCCCAUCCUUCUCUCAAACGGUCAUGUUUUGCACAGAAACCAGCAGCAGAAUAGUUAGCAGGAUGUUUGUCAAGCUGUCUGUUUUCACAUGGUGGUUGUUGUGCUCUCAGUUUUAUUUUUUACAAUCAGGAUAUUUUUGUACAUUUAUAAGGACUUUGUCAAAAGCUUGUUUAUUUAAUAAAUAAUGUACAUGAAUUAAAA